ACCCUGUCAAAGAAAAGUUACUACUGUAAAGCCAUAACUACAACAGAUCAGUUUGAUCAUUUGUCCUGAUCCGGCAUAUAAAGCUGUGGUCAUUGCUGUGUGACGUAUGAUUGGCUUUUUGCAGCAAUCAUUUGGUCUGGUGAAUCCACUUAACUUAACGUUCCCUCUCUGAGCAGCUGCUUCUCCCUCAAUCCACCUUUGUCUUGUGAUCCAUCCAUAUAGCAGUGUUCUGUAAUGGCCUGCAGAAAUCGGCAUCUUGUCUGGGAAAAAUCACAGCAGUUAAAGUUUCUCAAACCUUCUACUGCAAGCCUUGUUUCUUCAAAUACGCGAGACGUUAAUUAGCAUGACAAAACUUAGAAAUCUGGCAUCUGAAUGGAGGAACACCACCAGACAUGAUAUGAAUAGCAACAUCACUAUAAAGUUUUGAGGUGUGCUUUCUGAGGGUGCCCUCCAGAAGCAGAGAAGGACAGAUACAAGCUCAGAAGUAGAGGACAAAUAUAAGCUCAGAUGUCCUCAGGUAAUAAUUAUUUGACUCUGGAGAAGACAGCAGAACUGGAUCUUACUCAAUUUCACUGAGCUCCUUCUGUCAAGAAGCCAAGCCCAAGGAUAAAGAAAUUCCAUGUUGUCUUUUUCAGAUGGAUGACUGGCUAAGAGAGGACAUACAAUACAAAAUCCCUAGCAGAAGCUGAAAAUGGAUGACUUCUACUGAUGCUUUUUGAUAGCUUCAUCUCCUCUUUUCCUGUUUGAGAUGGGUGAUACGAUCAUCAGGAAAAAGUUCUAAAAUAAGCCUGAGUGGCAUCUUUAUCCCUCGACUCCUCUUUCCACAAAUCUACAAAUCACCAGAAGAAAUGACCAGUCAACUACCAGAGGAGUCUGUGGAAACCCAGAGCUCAGAUGAGCUUGAGUGCAAGAUCUGCUACAACCGCUACAACCUGCGGCAGAGAAAACCAAAAGUGCUGGAGUGUUGUCACAGAGUGUGUGCCAAAUGCCUUUGCAAGAUCAUAGACUUUGGUGAUUCUCCUCAAGGAGUCAUAGUGUGCCCGUUUUGCAGGUUUGAAACGUGCCUGCCAGACGAUGAGGUUAGUAGUCUUCCUGAUGACAAUAACAUCCUUCUGAAUUUAGCUUGCGGGGGAAAGGGAAAGAAGUGCCUACCAGACAACCCAACAGAACUGUUGCUGACUCCCAAAAGGUUGGCAUCUCUGGUCAGCCCUUCUCACACUUCUUCUAAUUGCCUGGUUAUAACAAUCAUGGAAGUACAAAGAGAAAGUCCCCAGACUCUGAACUCAACACCUGUGGUGGAAUUUUACAGGCCUACAAGUUUUGACUCUGUUGCAACCGUGUCCCACAACUGGACAGUGUGGAACUGCACAUCUUUGCUCUUCCAGACCUCAAUUCGGGUGCUAGUUUGGUUGCUAGGUUUGCUGUACUUUAGUUCCUUGCCUUUAGGGAUUUACUUACUGGUAUCUAAGAAAGUCACCCUUGGGGUUGUCUUUGUAAGCCUUGUUCCUUCAAGCCUUGUUAUUCUCAUGGUUUAUGGCUUUUGCCAGUGUGUUUGCCAUGAAUUUCUAGACUGCAUGUCUUCUUGAUAACAAAUACAGUGAAAUAAGAUGCAUUGCCACGUGUAGCAUAGUUGAUUUAGCCUGUCUCUGUAUUCUUAUUUAUUCUUAUUGUUGUCCAUCCCACUAAAUGGAAGCAGUGACCCUUUUUACACGGUCCUUUUUUAUUUGAUUAUUUAUUGUUUUUUGUUUGUUUUAUGUUUUAGCUAAGUGUUGGGCAUAAAAUUUACAUGCUGAUUUUAAUGGGCUGGGUUGUAGAAAGGCAUAAAGGAAAUUUGGUGCCUGCUGCUGCUGCCACUAUUCGGAUGAGUAGCUCUUUGCUUUGUAUUGGCUUGAUCAUGUAAGUUAAGGCUGUAGGAUCUGCCCUAGAAGAAAUUAGUACAACAGGCACCUUCCAGUUCAGAGUACAGCAUCUCUUAAUGCAAAGCAUCUCAUGCUCUGGAAUAUCUGUCAUUUCUGGUAGCAAACGAAGUCACUUUGUUAGUUAAUACUAGAAGAAGAAGAACUUAUUAUUUCUUUCUCCAGUUCUUGUUAUAGCAAAAAUAUUUGUGGGAUGCCCAGUGGUCAAAGAUUUUUUGUGUUCUGAGACAUGAGGAACCUUUUUUCCCCCCCCCAUGCUAAAAAUGUGUCUCCAAAACACUUUCCCAAACAGAAGCCCGCUUUACUUGUCCUGUAGUUGCAGCUUCAUCUGAGAAACUCCUGUUAAAGAGUACUUUUAGGGACCCAGCCACACAUUUGCUCUCUUCUAGGGAUGCUUUUUAAGUGUGCAUACACCUUAGUUUUUCUUUGAGGGUUCAGAGAUCUGCAGACUUAUCCAUCUGCGUUCCAUAAUGAUUACCCUCCCUCCCAGCAUUUCCACCACCACAUGACAUUUCCAACCCUUUAGUCCUUGUGAUAGAUUGUCUGACCAAUUUCAUGCGCAACUACUUUUGGGUAGUUAAUGUGGAAAAUUUCCCUUAUGUGACUUCAGCUGUCACGAUAGAUCUUUAUUCCUCAUCAUUAGGAAAUGAACCUACAAUGACUAAUACACAUUUCAGAAAAAAUCUGAAAUGGUUAACAUGGCUUUUUUAUUUGUUUUUGUUGUUUUGUUUGCUUUCUGAGCUCACAGAAUAGGCACUGUAAGGAGGUACUGUGACUUUGGGGAGGAUUCUGUUUAGUGUGUUGUCCAUAAUGUUAAAUACCCUGAACUCCCUCUGUCACCCUUGUGAGCUGACAGCACCCUAGAUAUGGCAGUUAGCCUGACUGGACUAGUUGAGUUCAGAAGAACUACUGAUGAUUUACCAUUCCACAAAUACAAUCAGGCCCUGUAAGGUUUGCUUUUAUGUUGCAUGGUUUAGGCUACUUUUUCCAACUACUGGAAGAGCGUAAAAAUAAGAAAUGUUUAAUGCUUGUGUGUAUAACUAGGUCUAGUCAACACCACAGCUGCAACCUCAUUUUUCUGAGCACAGCAGGGUGAAAACUGAGAAGAAGCAGUUGAUCAGUGCAAGCACAGCUUUUGGAUCAGGUGCAAGAUUUAGUAAUCUCAAGGCAGUGUAAGAGGGAGAUGGGUUGGCUGCGUGAAGACUGAAUGUAUGGCCUAACAAUAUAUUCUUAGAGCAAACUGACUUUGGUAAGAAUGAGAAAUGCCAACAGGAAAAGGAGAUUAUAAGUGGUUGUUGUGUCUAUCAAUGGGAUUUGAAGUCAAGUUGGUCCAAUUUUUGUAGAUGGUACAGAUGGUGUCUACGGUUUAAUUCCUAUUGAACUCAUGGGGAAAAUGUGAAAAUGUGAAGGUCCUGCUUUUCUUGAUGCUCGAGUUUAUAAUAGUGCAUAUAUAUGUGUGUGUAUGUAUAUAUAGACACAUAUGUAAGAAGAAAAUAUAUAGCAAAAUAAUAGUUUUCAAGUGUGUGGAGUUACAGAGCUGUGUACUGAAUGGUGGAAGGAAAUGUUUCAGACUUUUCUGUAAUCACUUGAUAACAAUUAGAACUAAAAUACUUUCAGAAUUCCUAGAAAUGACUAUUCCGAAGUAAUUGUUUUUAAUGUUUGUUGUAAAGCACAUAUGGUUAGAAGAGCUGUCAUCUCCAAUCCAGGUAUACUGCAAGGUUUGACUCAUCUAUGAACUCAUAAAUUUUAAAUAUCCAACAACAAUCAUGUCACAAAAAAAGCAAGAAAGAUAGAAAUCUAUGUGAUUUACUAGUACUUCAUAACUUUGGGAGAAGAUGUAUUUGUAGUGUUAGGGCUUUAUGUAUUUUAGGGUUUGUUCAAUUUGUCUGAAUAUAAUAUCUCUAAUAAAGGGCUGGCUAAUACAGGAAGUAGGUUUUGCAAAUGUGUGAUGUAUCUGUUUUACCUCUGUACAACGUGUCUGGAGUGCUACCUGUUGUCUUUCCCUUUUUUUUUUAUUCCAUUUGAUUAUGAUUAUUUUAGCUCCAUCAUCAGAUAUUUUGUACUCUGUUUUAAAACAGAGCCUAAUCUUGGCAGGAUUGCACUGGUUACAUAUCACAGCACAAAUAAAUACACUUGUUAUUAUACUUCACUAUUUUUAAGACUGCCACACAGUUAAAUUUAUGCUGUUAUUUUAGACUGUGCUGCAAUACUAAUCCACUCAAAAAUGUGAGUGCAGGAAAACAUACUGAUUGUGUAGAUAUUCCGUUGCUCAGCCAGAGCACGUUAUUAAAUCUUCGGUCUCAUAAAAUUCCUGUAUGACUUAUAAUAUGGCCAUUGAGAAUUGCCAGGAGGUCUAAAUCUCAAUUAUUUGUAGAAAAGACAUGAGAAGAUAUUGCUGUGAGGUUGAGGCUAGAAGAACUUCAGCUAUUACUAUUUAACUGUUUGCAUUCUCUACCACCCUUAAGACUCAGAACUGAAAACUCGUGACCUGUGUCCUCUGUGGUGGAGUAGCUCUGCUGAAGUCUGUAUAAAUGGGGCUAGAACCGAAUCCUGCCCACCAGUGUUUCCCUCCCUUUCUGUGUUUUUUUGCUCUCCGUGGAGAGUUAUGUCUCCUGUGAUGGUAAAAUACUGCUACAUUUAUGCCAAGAGAAUUUUCUUUGAGUAGGAUUCUGUUCCUGCUUUGCCCAGAGACGUGACUCAACAAGGGACAAAGUGUUAUAAAUUCAUUACCACAGGACUAUAUUACCCCAAAUAAGGUGUUCAUUACCACAGGAUUAUUUUACCCUAAAAGGUGUGUGGUUUUUUGUUUUGUUUUGUUUGUCAAUUCCUACUUAUCUUACUCUGUGAAUGCAGACUGCAUCCUCACCAGCUGCCAGUUUACAGUGCGAUAUAGCAGUGUCCGCCGAGGGCUGGGGCUGAACGAUGCAGAAGCAGUCACGGGACACAGUAUCAUGAGAAUGUUGAGGUGGACCUUCCUCUGAGCAGGACCCCGUGAGGGACGAAGCUCUCCUGCAAACACGGCCUGAGCCCAGAGCCUGAAGAGCGGUGACCAGAAAGCGUGUUACGCGCGGAGCAGGCUGCAGGGAGCAAAUGGGACGGUGCAGGAACAUCAGGGCUGUGACUUACGGGGCAGUGGGCUGUGGGUCCAGCCGGGGAGUUUAGGGACAGCUGUGGGGAUUAAGAGGGACUGUGGGACAAGGGUAUGGAGUCCCAGGGCUGAGGUUGUGGAGCUGUGCAAAGCAGAGAGGGGCCUGUACCUGGGCAGAGGAUGUGCUUUAAAGGAUUUAGGGACAGAGCUGCCAAUGCAGUUCAAAGUUUUUCAUACUGACCCUUUUAUUUUUCAAGUUCAUUUGGUAAUCAGAAGCUAUUUGGUACUGCUACUCCAGUUGAAUAUUUUCAUUUUCCAAAUGCCUAAGUAUUGGCCUUUGUAAUUAAAAAUAUCCUUAGAUUUGGACACAGUCUCUCUAUGAUGUUAACAACUUAAAGCUUUGAUCUUGUGAACACGAUUGAUCGAAAUAAGGACUAAUGUCUUUGGUUUAGUUGCAUUGUGAGCUUUGUCCUACCACAUUUGAUUAUAUGCCUGCAAAGCUGUAUAUGCUAAUAUAAAACACAAUAAAAUAGGUGAAAUCUUGUCCAAAUAACGCAAUUGGCAAACUAUGGGGCUGCCAGCAUUUUACGGUGCAUCCAAGAAUAGACACUCUUCCCGAUGGGCUUUAUCAUCUAAAGAUAGCAAUGGGUCCAGCAGCACGUAGCCAGAUAGACAAGUACAGAAGAGGAGAGCACAGCAUUCCAGCUAAAAGGCUAUUGAUCACCCUAACCAGAGGAAGGGGAACUGAGAAGAUUCACAGGAGAGUAGUUGAUGUGUUUGAGGGACCUCCUUGUGAUUAGGAUGUGGAACCGUGUGGGUAAAGAGUGUUUUGAAAUCAAACAAAAUCAAACAACCUUUCCUAAUGCACUGAGUUUACAGCUCAGUCCAACAAAAAACAACAACAACAACAACAAAAAAAGAUCAGGAGUGAAGAGAUGGCAAAUUGCAGCCAGGAUGUGAGAGUCAAUGGGGUGCAGAGGGGAAAUGGCAGCAGAUUGUUGAAACAAUUUUGAUGUCAAAGCAGGCCAAACCCAUGGCUACAUCUUGCCUUCUCCUGGCUGGUCCAAAACGACUGCAAGGCUGCCCCACGCCUGAGGACCACCACAACUUGGCACCCUCCCCAGCCUUACCUCUGUGGCAGCUCACUGCGGUUGUGGAUCUUGAUUUCUGGUACAGCGGGUGUAAGUCAUGAUUGCGUCUUCCUGUGUGGAUGACCGGUAUAGUGAAAGGUCCACAGCCUUCUGCUCUCAGACUGGCUUGUUUUAACCGUCCUAAGCUUUCUCAGAUUUUGUUGCAGGAUUUCUUCAUGUUUUUAUAAAAGCAAGACGGUGCAGUUUAUUUAAAUGGAGCAAUGCCUUCAAGCAGGAAAAAAAUGGGGCAAGAAGAAGAACUGAGAAUUGUGAAAUCAUUUUAGGACAUUCAAAGUGAUGGAAAGAGACUUCUGGGAGUCAACUUUUACUUUCACGCAAGCAGAUUAGAUGUUAUCCUUUUGAGUGACAUCAGUAAAUAUUUAGUGCUGGAAAGUCCUCAUGGAGUUUUUAAGUCUGUCAGACCUUCGGCACAAACUCUGCUUUCUGCACAGCACCAUUCUCUGCCUUUUGCAUCACCCUGCCUUGUCAAAAGUUGAAGCUUCACUGUUUCAAGAGUUCUGUCAUAGAAGAUAAAUCCCCAGUACAGGGAUGCUAAAUCAUCUUUCUAGAGACGUGUGUGGCAGUAACAAAGCUUUCAGUGCUAGACCUUAAACAAAGGGAAGUCAUCCUGCAGCUUGAAUGGGUAGCAUAAAUUUCAUUUUGAAUCAAGUUUCAUUGUUCUUGGCAAUGCUACAACUAAAAUCAUUUUAUUGUAUUUCUGCCUCUUGCUUGUGUUAUAUGAAUGUGGUUUGCAUUUAAAAAUAUAUUAAAUCAUAAAAAUCAGAGAUGGGUGGAAAAAAGCCUAAGAAGUCAUUUUAUCCAUUUCCUCUCUCCCCGUAGAGAUGACUGCUUUCUCUAGUAUGGUUUUAAAUAUCUCAAGUGAUAAGGCCUCCACCCCUUCCCUUGAGGGACUUUUCAGCCAUUUAAUAGGCAUCUUUGUUAGGAAAUGUUUUCUUUGUACUGAGCCUGUUCUUUUUUUCUUUUUUUUUUUUCCUUUUGCAUCAUGUAAUUCCUUUAUUCUGUGCCCACUGUUUUAAAUUCUGUGAAAUCUGUGAAAUGUAUCGUAUCUUUCUCUUUCAUACCACAGCUGAAUGAUUCAUAAUCAUUGUUGUUCAAGCAAUGUAAGAGAUAAGCAACCAGUUGCUGAACAGCUAAUAAUGCUUCCCUGGGACGGCAUGCCAUGUAUCAGUAAACAUUUCCUGGCAACUCCUGGCUGACACUUCUUUCUACAGUAGGGAGUGAAAAAUGUCAAGUGAAACAUGAAGAAAUGCGUCUUCCCAAGGGCAUCCAUGGCAAUAUUACUGGCAUUUCAAGAGGUGCUGAGGCAAGCAGCCUACUUCUUUAGAUAGAGCUUUUCUUUCUAAAAGUGGAUGAUUUUAAAUUU